GUUUGUUAGCAUCUUGGGGCCUCAUUCUCUCGCUUCUUACGCGUGUUUUUCUUUCGCAGCUUCCAUGAGAGGGGGCGAGGAGGAGCAGUACCCGUCCGCACCCCCUCUCAGCCGGCCGGCACGACCGGCCCCACGAGCGAAGACGGCGGAGCGGGAGGCACCUCUGGCUCUCUCAGACUAGCCUCAUUCAGCGAUGCCCUCGGUCGCCUAAGCGCAACGUCUCCGUGUGCAACGGCCGCAUUGCGCUCAGUGUGUGUGUGUGUCUCUCCCAGCCUUGUUCGGAACGUGUUUCCUAUCGUCGCUCCUAAUUGCGAUCGAAUUGGCGCGGUUCCGCAGCCUGUACCGAGAGUGCCGUGUACCAGGACUACCACUCCCGAUAACCUCCAGCAGAAAGGAAGAAAAAAACCAGCAAAGAUGGACAGCCGGGUCGCCUAGCCGCGGCUUUCGAAGCGCGCCUGUGGUUCUAUCCUGUAUUUGGUGGCAUAUUCGCGUCGACGGCCUCUCCGGCCGGCUGUGCUAGCUUUGUGUUAAGGCUUUUUCCCCGUGUGAUUCGAGCAAGAGUGGCAAGAUGCAACGCGGCGGGCCAGUUAUGGCGGCGCCUGCUCCCGUGUCCGUGGUGGUGAACGGUUCCCCGGUUGCCCUCGAAGCGACCGAGCUGAGUGUGAGCCCGACGCCGACGAGUCCCGUGCCCCACGUGGUCCGCGUGUCCGUGGUCCCGGCUUCGACGGCGGUGUCGCCCCAGUCUCCCGCGCCGACGGCGCCGACGGCGACGGAAGCCGACGAGCGUAGCAGCAGCGGCGCGUCGAGCGGCACAGGUAGCGACGACGAGGCGCCGUACGACAGCGACUCCGGCGCCGAGAUGAAGUUCCACCUGCGCGAACUCGAGGAUACCCCGUCGUCGUCGCCGGACGGCAGCGGCGUCAGCUGCGGCCGUCCGCUGGACGUCGAGAAGGCCAUCCUGUCCCGCCAGGGCACGGUGCGGGGAGUGCGCAACUUGGUCAGGGCCUCCAUCAAGUGUAUCGCUGACUGCCAAGAGGGCAAGCGCAACUACGUUCGUGAGGAGGAAGGCCGCGUGGUUCUCUACACGACCUCGAUGGGCGUCAUCAGGCAGACGUGGGAGCAGUGCCGGCGCGUGCGCAACACGCUGCAGACGCUGCUGGUGCGCUUCGAGGAGCGCGACGUCUUCAUGAACCGCACGCACCAGAAGGAGCUCAUGGAUCGCACGGGACUGCGGCACGUCGUCGUCCCACAGCUGUUCGUCGAGGGACACCACCUGGGCGGAGCGGAAACAGUGGAGCGCCUGAAUGAAACCGGUCAGCUCAGGCAGAUGCUCAAACCGUACAAGAAAAGCAGCGUGGGAGGCACGUGUACCAUGUGCGGAGGCUACCAGUAUCUGCCGUGCCCCGUCUGCGGCGGCAGCAAGAAGUCUGCGCAGCACAGGCACCGCUUCUCCUCCUCCGUCAUCUUCCUCAGGUGCCUCAACUGCGACGAGGGUGGCCUGGUGCGGUGCCAGCUGUGCAUCAACGGCGACAGUUGAGCGCCCUCGAUUGUGAGCGCCCUCCUCGCGACGGCUCGUGCGUCGCCUCGACUCGCCGAGAUGCGCAGUCCCGAGUUAACCACGUGGGACAAGCGGCAGCUUCGAGCUCCGGAGACGGUUGCUUUGCACCACUGAGAGAGACUGCCAGUGGUGUCGGUGUGUCGUAGUUUCGUGAGCCACGAGCCUUUACACGCUUCACGGACGGACAGCGUUUGUCGGAAGGAAAAGGGGCAGAAGACAGCGCAAACCGACGAGCAACGCGGCGACCUUGAGCGCACCUGUGGAGGUCGUUGUUUCUUGCUGAAACGCGGUUCCACGGCUACCCAAUGCGUGUCCGACCUCUAUACGGCUGACGUUUCUCACUCAGCUUGUCGGAUGGCUGGAGGCCCUGACGGACUUUCAACACAGCGUCUCACGAAUGACACCGGUGUCGAGUGUUCCAUCGCCAACCGCGGCAGCCUGCGCAUUCUCUGCUUGAGGAAAUGAAGGAUCAGUGACCGGACAAACUCAACUGAGAGCUGAGGAACUUGCUCUUUUGUUGUGCUUUGAUGAUUAUUCCCUUUUCUUUUUUUUUUUAAUUUUUGCCGGUGAUGGCGUUCUUUAGGUCGUGACGUGAGCAGUCGUGAAUGCGUGGUCUCAAUUUUGGCACAUGGCAGAACAUUGUUGAUACGACAUCGGUGAUGUUUUGAGAACUGCAAGCAAGCUACUGCAACGCGUGCUCAUCAGUUGGCUUUGCCGUCGAAGACGUCGAUGUUACUACUUUAUUGCUCAGCCCAACGGCGAAAGUCCUUGUGUCAAGCAGCACGGUGACACUCCGACUGAGAAAAAGCAGUCGGCGCGAAAGUCACACUGGUCCAAGUGCUGUAUAUAAUCUAAGCUAUAUAGGAUAGGCUUCGUAUACCUCACAUUACUUAACCAAGCCUAUACUGCAUGCUUUUUCUGCGCCAUCUGCUGGUGUUAAUGAAGAGCCGAAGUUUUUUUGUCAUCUUAUGCAGCGUUUCACUGGUUCUUUCACCGCUGCUUAAGCCCUGAGAGUAGCAUCUGCUGUGUAUUUUAUAAGUGGAAUAACUUGCACGUGUAAUCGCACCGAAAGGAAAGUACGAGAAAUGACGAGGGAAACGCUUGUCCGCGGUUCAGUUGAUGGUUCAGUUGAUAACAUUAAGCGUUGCUCCAAAGUCAACUUGUCAGGUUACCUCACUUGUUCGUAAGCAUGGGUACCACGCUAUAGAUACACCGGAGCAGUAACGAUGCUUCACGAUUAGUACCGUAUAUAGCCCUAAGUAACAGAAAAGACCAGUAAUAUCUAACUCUUCCUGCUGCAAUUAUUUCUUCAUUUAACAAGAAACAAUAAGCAAGGUUAAUUUGCACCGAACAUGCUUGAUAAUGUGCGCGCCCACCGCGCGAAGUGAAGAUAAGUUUCUAAUGGCCAGUAUAGGUCGCGUACGAACUGCUACGAGUACUUUAUUGGUUUAUUCCAUAGAUAGCGAUAACGCAGAGAGAUCUCAUACACAUCCGUGGAACUUCUAUCUGCCUGUCACGUAGAAAUCCCGCUAUUCUCAUGCCUUUUUAGCGAGUUCUCCGUGGCCAAAUGGUGUUUCUAACUUCCACUGUUAACUCUACCUUCGGAGGCCUUUUUUAUGUGCGCGCGCAAGAUUUAGAGUCACUCCUUAGUAUAGAGCUCUGACAUCAAAGAGGUAAUGUAUUUUUUCACUGGAGUUGCCCAUAAUGGUCGCUGUGGGUUAUUCGAAUAACCGUCUAUUCAGCGGGUUCGAGUGCGGCCUUGAGAUUUCUGCGAUCUAGGUUUAUUGAGAGGAAAGGGGGCGUAGAAAGCGGAGGUUUAUUCGUGCUUGGAGCUUCUGAACACGCCAUCAACUUCCGUUGAGUGGUAUUAAUUAUCGCAGUUUGGGUAUACGGUGGGUGCCUGUUGACGCAAACUUGGCUUGGGAUUUACGUCGCGAAGAUUGUGUGAGUGCGACUUAAUUACAUUGCUCAACUCAAGUGACCGGGCGGUGGCGAUGUUUCAGUUGAAAGUGCCUGUGAAAAAUUGCUCGUUAUCGAAGGCCGCAGUGCUACUUCAGCGCAUUGCAACCCGGCUUGUGUGUGUGACGUCUUACGUGUCCGAGUGUGUAAUGUUAGUGCGUGUGUGAGUGUGCGCCGAACUUGGGUUCUUACAAACUAAUCAGAGUGCGGGAUGUGGCCCUGACGGAAUGGACAAACUUUGCGCCCCCUUGUGACUGUGGUGUGAAAGAUACGCAAACCGCGACUUCGUCGCACUUGGAUAGUUUGGAUGCCAUUUGAAGUCAGGUUAACUACCUUUGUGGGCUGUGUUUUUGCUUCGGUCGAUUUCUUAAUCGAGUACAACGUUCGUGGAACAGCUCGCUUUUAAUUCAUAUCUGGCGGCAUAGUGCACAAAGCUAUGUCGUUUUCGCGGUACCAAUUAAAAAAUUAUUUCUUCUCUUUCAUUUGCCUUACGUCAUUUACUUGUAGUAGCGCAGAAAUUUCAACCUCCUUAUGGCGCUAACAUGCAUCAUCCCUUUGGUUUUGAAGUGCUCUUUACUUGCCAGCGUGCCUUCAUCACCGUUACUGCCAAUGCUGCCCCGUGGAAUGCUGACUUAUGUUUGAGGAUUGCGUUACGUCAAAUUGUGACAAACAUUUUAAAAGUUUUUCUAACUUUUUUUUUGACAAGUGUUUGUCAUACGCUUUCGUUUGAGAAAUGUACCGGAGCAGGUGCGAAUCAAAUGUCAGAAAUGCCCAAGAAGUCACUGUCUUUAUUGUAUUGCAUAGCCGAUUUCGUCGGACGGUUGCGCAAUUCCCAAGUUCUCGGUGGGAUAUAUACUGUAGCGGAAAACACUGCAAAGAGUUUAUCCUCGAUUUUCAUAGCGUUCAGGAUCAUUUCGUACGCAGUGUGUAAUGUCGCGUGCUCUUUGCUGUUAUGAGUACAAGAUUCACUAUUAAAGGCGCUGGCUGCGAAACUUCC